AUGUUGCUUUUUAAUCAACAAGGACAAAUGAAUCCAUCAGAUAAAGUUGUUUUAACUCGAACGAGUUUAACAUUUUUGGGAAUAUUCACACAUGUUUUUAUUUCUAAUAUUUUUCUACCAAUAACAGCUCGUGCAUUAAUUAAAACAAAGGUAUUAGUAACUAUGAUUAAAAAUGUAUUGAUUCCAUUAAAAUCGUCCAGUGAAGAUUUUUGUGCAUUCAUUGGUCCAUCGGUAACAUAUCAACAAAAUAUAUCACCAAAUAAAACCCUAUUUAAUUUAAUGAAAACUCUACUUGGAGAAGCAUUAAAAGAACCAAAUUUUUGGAAACGACCAUUUCUGCAAGAAAAAGAUCAUUAUAAUGAUAUAGGGAAGUGUUUACGUCGAAUGAGCGUUGAUAUUCGUUUUUUUCGUCGAUGUACAACAGUACUUGAAGUUGAAUCAAAAUUACAUUUUGCUCAAGAAUCAAAAUGGCAAAUGCGUCGAACAGGUAUUGCUCACAGGAAUAAUGAUAUUGAUUCGAAUCCAUCUCAUUCUUGGACAGUGACAGAUUUACGUAAACAAGAACAAUUACAAAAUGACCUUGGUAUAUUUUUCACAAUUUUUAUGAUCUGUUCUUCACAUUCAACACCAAGAUUUGAACAAAAAGCUCUUACAUCAAAUAAUUUAUCAGCAUCACUUCGUUUAGCACAUACAAGAUUAUAUCAACCUGUACUUGAACAUACAUGUACACUUGAAAAUCAUAUUCAAAAGGAAACAUUAAAUUUUGUUGAUAGUUAUUAUUCAUCUUGUAAAUCUCAUCAACAAGGAAAUAUUAAUCUUAUAAUUUCAGCACUACAUAGUAGUGGUCUAAAACUAAAUUAUCUAUCUAAUCGAACAUCAUGUGGUUAUCUUCAUUAA